AUGAAAAAAGCUUACAGCAUAGCUAUAUUAGUAUUAUUAUUCUUCUAAUGUGUACAUUUGGCAGAUGAAGGUACUCUUGAAGAUGUAUAAAAGGAAAUAGAAGAAGAUCCUUUUGUAUAUUUAGAUGAAUAAGGUUAAAAGCAGAAAAUAAAUAAUCCUACUGACGAGUUUUAUUACAAGCGUAUUCAUACUGUUUAAUUGGAAGGUAGCACAGGUGAAACAGUUUAUUGGGUUAAUUUAUAUAUGGGAUCUCCUCCUCAAAAGUAAACAGCAAUUAUAGAUACAGGUAGUAGUUUACUUGCUUUUCCUUGCUCUUAAUGUGAAUCGAAUUGUGGUAAUCACUUGAAUAAGCAGUAUAACCUCACUCAAUCUCUCACUGCGCUUAAAAUGUCAUGUGGUGCAUAGUUUGAUAAUUUUAGAUGUCAAAAUUGUAAUGGUAAUCAAUGCACUUGGGGAGUUAGUUAUAUGGAAGGUUCAAGCAUAGGAGGAUUUAUGGCUAUAGAUUAUAUCGUCUUUGGAGAUGAAAUUUAAGAUUAUUUAAACAGCAAAAAUAGAUAAAAUCUAACUGAGAUUGAAGAUUCAGAAUAUUUGAAGUAUAUUAAUCAUGAGAAAGUUUAAAUUCCCUUUGGGUGCACAACAAAAGAAACUCAUUUGUUUAAAACGCAAGUUCCAGAUGGUAUUAUAGGGUUAGCACCUUCAUCUAACUAAUAUAACAAUCCUCCAAAUAUAAUUGACAGAAUCUUCUCUUAGCACAAAGAUAAUGAUGAAUAGCUAGUAUUUUCCUUAUGUCUAAAUUCUUUGUAAGGAGGUUAUAUGAGUGUAGGAGGAUAUAAUCAUGAGCUCCACAUACCUGGAUCUAAAACAAAGAUUAUUAAAUACAAUAAAAAUUCAAAUUUCUAUGAUGUCAGUGUCAAGGAAGUUAGGAUUGAAGGAUAAUUUGUCACUAAUAGCCUUCCACAUCCUAUUUUAGACUCUGGAACAACUCUUGUGUUUGGUCCCAAAUCAUUUAUUGAUCCUAUGAUUGAUGCAAUCAAUUAGCUGUGUAAAAAUAACUAAAAAUAUAAAUGUGGAAAUGCUAAAGAAAAUUUCAAUCGCUAAAUAAGGUGGCUCUAUAGAAAAUCAGAUGAGUUUCCAACUGUCGAAGAUUUUUUCAACUCCUUCCCUGUACUUGAAUUUGAUUUCGGAGAUAACAUUAUUGAAUGGAAGGCUCAUGGCUAUUUAUACAUUGAUCCAGAUAAUAAUAAUCCUAAUUUAUUUUAAUUUGCAUUUGAAACACAUCCAAGUGUUUCUAAAGUAUAUCUUGGAGGUCCCUUUUUUAAGAAUUAUGAUAUAUUAUUUGACAAAAAUAAAGGUGAAGUUCAUUUCACACCAUCCAGCUGCAAAUUACCUCAUGUUAACAGUGUAUUAAUGAAUCUUCAUUCAGCAAAAAUUAGAAAGACUGUUAUGGACAAUUAAUACAUUGAAGAUUUGAGAAAAUUUUAAAAUACUUACAAUUUUACAAAUGACUUUUUCAAAAAUGAAACUAAAAAAGAUUAAAAAGAUGAAAAAAAUAAAGAAGAUAAUGACUAAUAAAACAAAGAAGUUUAAAUCAUUGAUAAAAUAAAGUCUCAUGAAAAAUUUUUUAUUUCUGUAAUUUAUGUACUUGUUCUUUUGAUUGUAAUCGUAUGUAUUUGCUUAUGUAGGAAGUCUUCAGGUACUGAUAAUAAAGAUCUAAUACCUUUAUAAAGCAUUGAAGUUGGAAUACAUGAUAACAGUAACAUGUAGGAUCUUCCAUAAGAUAAAGACGAGCAACUUAGAAGCGAAGAAGAUAAUCCAUAUGGUUAUAAGAAUGACCCUGUUUAUAACCAUGAAUAGAUACAUUAGGAUGAUGAAGAAAGCUACAAAAAUAGUCCUAAUACUGCUAUGAGUGACGAAGAAAAGGAAAGAUAAAAAGCACUUUAGGAAUGA